CUCCUCCACUCGCCACAAAUCCAAUAGAAGCCAAUCACCGCCCCCUCCAAGGCAACAAGAGCAGCAGCAUCUCGCGAGGAAGAGUGGUGAGUGAAAGAGAGACAGAGAGAGAUGGCCUCGACUGCGUGCUUCCUCCACCACCCUGCUCCCUCGGCCGCCGCCUCACGGACCUCGCGGCCGCGCCUCGUGCCGAGCGUCAAGGCUAACCAGCUUGCCUGCAGGGCCCAGCAGAAGCAGGCCGUUUCCGCCGACGACGAGAACGGCGCUGUCGUCUCGCGCCGCCUGGCACUGACCGUGCUCAUCGGUGCCGCAGCAAUUGGUUCCAAGGUCUCGCCUGCUGAUGCCGCCUAUGGCGAAGCUGCUAACGUGUUCGGGAAGCCGAAGACCAACACGGAUUUCCUGCCAUAUAAGGGCGAUGGGUUCAAGCUGUCCAUCCCCUCCAAGUGGAACCCCAGCAAGGAGGUGGAGUACCCUGGUCAAGUGCUGAGGUACGAGGACAACUUCGACACCACCAGCAACGUCGCCGUCAUGGUUACCCCGACCUCCAAGAGCUCCAUCACCGACUACGGCAGCCCUGAGGAAUUCCUGUCGCAGGUGGAUUAUUUGCUGGGAAAACAGGCUUACUCCGGCAAAACAGAUUCCGAGGGUGGAUUCGACUCUGAUGCUGUGGCAACCGCAAACAUCUUGGAGACCUCCACACCAGUGAUCGACGGGAAGAAAUACUACUUCAUCUCGGUUCUGACGAGGACGGCCGACGGAGACGAGGGCGGGAAGCAUCAGCUCAUAACAGCGACUGUCUCCGGUGGUAAGCUUUACAUCUGCAAGGCGCAAGCUGGUGACAAGAGAUGGUUCAAGGGUGCCAGGAAGUUCGUGGAAAGCGCAGCGAGUUCCUUCAGCGUUGCAUAAGAAAAUUCCCUCGCGGGCCUUGAAUUCCUGCUGCUGUGAACGAGUUGAAUGCUGCUGCGACUGCCAAUCUGUAGGAUAAGAACGUGUUUAUUUGAAUUGUCGGAUGUAAAACCUUUUCCGUCUCUAUAAAUUCCUACAAUUCUCUCC